UGGGAUAUUGAUCAGGCUGUAUUGAAGUAUCGUAGUAGCGAGAAAACACCGUAUUUAUAGAAACUCCACUGCCAGUUUAAUUAAAUUUAUUGUAGAGUGCAUGUAUGUCGCAAGAGGACGGACUUACUCGCAAGCUGGAGAUAAUUAUUUGCUAGGUGUUGAAGAAGUCUGAUUUCAGCGUUGUGAUCAAGUACCUAGGGCAGCUACUGUACACCCAGUGGAUAUGAUAAAAGUGUUUCACUUCAUUUCAUAAUUGAUUCAUAAUAUUUUUCCUGUUUGGUGUUGUUUUUCAAUGUAUUGAUGGUCUUUCAUUUGGCCUCUAGUUGACAAGAAUCUUGAGGUGUGGACAUUAGUAACCUGUCAAAUAAAUGCCCUCUUUAGAAUCCGUAUCUGGACAUCUGGUUUUGGACUAUUCAGCCUCACCAAGUUUCUUUGUGAUGUGCAUAUGAAUUGUGCUUUUGUGUACACUUAGCUAACGUUAUUGUGUAGAGCCAAUGCGUGUACUACGGUACGCCUUUCUGUAAACAUUUUGACAGACAUCAGAAACGAGAGAGGGAUUGCCGUGUUGAGCAGUGUCUGAGAAUGAUAGUACCUGCUCGUAUCAUAAGUGCUGAUUGGGAUUUUCUUAAGGUUAAGAGACGCAGCGGCUACGAGGAAAACGGACUAGACAUACCUUCGUCAGAGUCAAGGUCUAUGGAAAUAGGGCAACUUGGUAGCCCAGGGCAAGCAUCUACAGGUCACUCUAGUCCAGCUAAUCACACAAGCCCAAAUGGUUCAGUGUGUACAAUAACACCCAAUGGGAAUAGUACUAAUCAUGUUCCAAUGGCAACAACUGUUGAAUCCACAAGUCUAACAGAUUCUAGCUGUUGGAAUAACAUUCCCAACUCUACAACAAUCAAGUCCGAGCCUAUAAGCCAUUGCGCGACGCCCACCUCAUCCACUGUAGGGGGCGCUUUCCAUGACCGAUCUUCCUUAGAAAACUUCGCAGGGUCAGGUAACGGUAUCACAGGUCAAAGUUCAUUGGACAUGAAUUUACGAACAAAGAGUGAAUAUUCGGCAACCCAGUAUUUUGGAAGCCAAACCUACCCUCACAUAAUUCAACCGGGACAGGGCAGUAACUUUCAGGCUCUGAACUCAACACCUCAAGGAUCCUACUCAUCCUGCAACCCAUCUCCAUACCCAUUCCCAUCACAAACAUCCGGCCAAAUGUCAUAUUCAGGCCUAGCAAUGCCAUAUGGAGGCAAAAAUUCCUUGAAAUCUGAAAGUCAACUACAGGGCCAGGCAUUCCCAAGUGCCUAUGGAUCAGGAUUUCCAGGCACUCAAAAUCCCUUUUAUUCAAUGUCAGGAAGUAGUUUUACAGGCAGCACCCCAUACCCGUAUCCAACAACAAGCAGUACACAAACAACAAAUACACAAGUGUUUGGCAGUACUCCUCAACAGGGUAUAGACUACAGCACAACAUAUCCAAGUGCUUAUGGCAGUACUCUGAACCAAUACUACCCAGGUUACUCUCCCUAUAUGAAUAGCUCCAUACAAACAUCCAUCCCUACCACAACGACAACAUACCAAUUAGCACCUCUACCAGAAGAAAUUCAACCUUUUACGGAUGCACCAGUGAAGAUAGAUGAUAUAAAUCGAUUAGGAGGGGGUCGCAUAAACAACAAACUAAAUAGAAAUAGAUCGUCAAGGGGAAGGCGCAAUCCAUCACCUCCACCAGAAAGUGAUCUUGAGAGGGUCUUCGUUUGGGAUCUUGACGAGACCAUAAUUAUAUUUCACUCAUUACUAACAGGAUCUUAUGCAUCACGCUUCGCUAAGGAUGCGCCAUCUUCGGUAUCUCUUGGUUUGCGAAUGGAAGAGAUGAUCUUUAACCUUGCUGAUACUCAUCUGUUUUUCAAUGAUUUAGAGGAAUGUGAUCAGGUUCACAUAGAUGAUGUAGCAUCAGACGAUAAUGGUCAAGAAUUAUCGAAUUAUAACUUCCAAACAGAUGGAUUUCAUGCAGCCGCUACAAGUGCAAAUUUAUGUUUAGCAACAGGAGUUCGUGGAGGUGUAGACUGGAUGAGAAAACUAGCCUUCAGAUAUAGAAGAAUAAAGGAAAUGUAUGCAAGCUACAAGAACAACACAGGAGGCUUACUUGGACCACAGAAAAGGGAAACAUGGCUGCAACUUAGAGCUGAAAUAGAAGGCAUGACAGACUCCUGGCUUAGCCUAGCUUUAAAAUCACUCUCAAUUGUUGCAUCAAGGAAAAACUGUACAAAUGUAUUAGUGACAACAACUCAACUGGUGCCAGCCGUUGCGAAAGUUCUUCUGUAUGGACUAGGGGGUGUGUUCCCUAUUGAGAAUAUUUAUAGUGCAACUAAGAUUGGUAAAGAGAGCUGCUUUGAAAGGAUUGUAUCAAGAUUUGGUCGUAAAGUAACAUAUGUGGCAAUAGGGGAUGGACGAGAUGAAGAACAAGCAGCCAAGUCACUCGACUUUCCAUUUUGGAGAAUUUCAAGUCAUUCGGAUUUGGCUGCAUUACAUCAUGCACUUGACCUAGGCUACCUCUGAACUUUGAACUCAACAAACAAAAUAUAAAUGAUUAUAGUGCCAAUGGUUAUAUAGAGAAUGUGCCAACAACACUUGCGUGGAUGAGGAUGUACAAAUAUUUUAAACACGCACAUGACUUCAAUAACUAACUGCAGUAGUCAACAAUGCUCUGCUAUUUAUCAUUGUUGGAAAUCCUUGAUGCAAACAAAUUUAAAAUUUGCAGAUAAUGAGUAUAUUCCAAGAAAAUUAUUUCUACAGUUCCUGUCUCGAAAUAUGGCACAAGAAUUAAUAUUUAUUUGAUUAUAAUUAAAAAAAUGAACAAACUAUUUCCUAUGAUUUACAGAGAAACAUUUAUUGAUAACUUCUUUAAAUUAUUGGAAAUGUCUCCGAGAGUAAAGUGACAGGGAAAGUGAUAAGCAACAGUGUUGAUGGUUUAAAUCUAUGAAAUGAUGUUGCAAAAAAAGUGCAAUGAUGCAAGGACAGAUUUUGCAAGAGGAAAGAAACUGCUCUGAAACCUGUACACUGACCAAAGUGAACAUUCUGAAACUAUAGAGGACGCUAAACAUACCAAAGGCAUGGUGAUUGAAGAAAGCAUUUCUAAAACUAUUAUCGAAUGAGUGAAGGGGAACGGAAUAUUUGCUGACAGGGAAAAUGGAGACUAAAAAGAACAUGCGUAACAAUGAGUUUAACACUUGUGAUGAUGUUUGCUGCUUUUAUAUAGCAGAAGUCUAAAGUGGAACUGAUGUUGCACUCGUCUUUAAUGCACAAUGUGUAUUAUUAUUAAAAAAUAUAAUGAUGCAAAGGUAUGGGCACAUCUGCAGAGUUAGAAAUUGUUGAAGUGAAUCAACAGUCUUAAAUGUCAUACAUUUUAAGUCCUACUAUAGUGCUUAUUACAGUAUAUUGUGAGCUGGUGUAAAGCUUUUCAGGAUAGCCACAAAACAGUAUUCCCACCAGGGUAGCCACAAAAUUGGCAGUCCUUCCAGGGUAGCCUCAAAUCAAUAUUUUUCAUGAGGUAGCCACAUAACAGUAGCCCUCAUAACCCAAAAAUAUAAACCUUCACCAGAUUACCCACAAAACAGUAGCCUUUCCAGAGUAGCUAUAAGAUAGUAGCCCUCUGAAAGACAACUGCCCCAAUGUCAGGGUCACUGGAAAUAUCAAGUUAAUUGCCCUAGAAUGGUUAACUUUGAUGUGAAUAACUAGCCUAUGCUCUUACAUUCGUUAGUGUUUCCAGUAGCAUGUAAAUAUUCCAAAAAUAUAUCAGCAUAUUGCAAUAGUAUAUACUCAAAAGAAAUUGUCAACACAGAGUAUCUUUAAUUUAUUUAGAAUGAAAUUUUAAAGUCUAAAAUACUGGUCCAUCUUAAAUUCCAAAUCAGUUUAUCAAGUAAAGAGUGGAAACUUAAAUAUUUGUUACAUCCUACAAACAUUAUAUUUAAUUACUUUACUUGAAUGCAAAAAUCUGGGUAAAUAUAUUGGCCAUUCUUCUUUUCUCUGUCAGUAUGAAAUUCAAAAACGAAUUCUGAAAAAAUGUUUCUUUUAUACAAAAACUUAUUGUGAGUUGAACAAAAAUCUAAUGAAGUGUAAAUUAUGCGCCAUUUUGCAAUAUAAAAUCGUCUGGACUUUCCAUAAAAAGGUCUUGUAAAGUAAUUUUGUGAGUAAUAAUAGAUAAGCAGUAAAUUAGCAGUUUAAUUAGAUGUUAAAUGUGAUGUAGCACCAUUUGAUGUAGCGCCAUUUUUAUGUAGCAUGUUUGUUAUUGGCAGACUGUGGUUCCAAAGGGGAUCUAAUCUUCUGCACUUCUGUAAAAUUUGUGGCGUGACUUUUUGGCAUAAUUUAUGAAUAUCAUUGUGUGUUAAAACAAAGAAAAAAUGAAAAUAACCAAGCAGGGUAAUGCAUUGCACUCAAAUUUAUCUACGUGUUAAUGUGAUUUUAUGCACAUAAUGUGUGCGCAUGCACAUACAUGUUUCAUGUGUACUCUCAUAUGUAUAUAUUUAAAUGUAUGUGUAUAUACAUACAUAUAACAUUAUAUAUAUGUAUGAUAUAUACAUGCAUGGUAAUAUGGAUUUUCACAGAUAUAUUAUUAACAUUAUUUAUAUGGAUGCAUAUGUACAUACAUAUUAUGUAGGUACUUAGAAAUAACUAGACAUCAGGACCAAGUAGAGUAGUACAUGUAGUGUCCAUAAAAUAUACAAAAAAAACCCAUUUAUUACUAAAAAAAGGGCUUAGAUAUUCAAUUACAUGUUUUAUGUCUCUGAAACAACUUUUUUGUGUGUGAUUUCUACUCUUUUUAGACAUAAACAAAUUCAUAUAAGUCAGUAACCAUUUAGCUUUGUUUUUUAC